AUUUUGGUUUGUGUCAGUUCUAAAUUACUUUACUAGUUAUAACAAUAUAUUUAUAUAGAGAGUCUUUAUUUUUUUAAAAUUUUUUUUUUUUUUUCCAUAUUAUUUUUUCAACAAAUAAUUAAUUUUCUAUUUUAUCCGUAUCCAACUUCACUAUCUAAAAAAACAAUUAACUCCAGCAAAAUAUGUCAAAUCAUACAGUCAUUAAAGGUACCCAAAGGGCAGAUGGAACUUGGAGAAAAGAUAUUAAAGUGAAAGAAGGAUUUGUGCCAGAGGAAGAAAAAAAACCAUAUGUCAUUCCACAAAAAAGAAGUGAAGAUCAACAAAAUCAAACAUCGCCAUUAAGAGGUAUUCUUUCAUCAGUUAACAAAUACAAUGAUACACUUGAACAGUCCAAAGCCAAUCAAGGUUCACCAUUUAAUAAAAAUUCCGAAAUUGAUUUAUCUCCUAAUGACAAUCAACAAGAUUUAGUUCAAAAUGUUCCAGAUAGUUAUGAAGAUAUUGACCCAGAUACCAUUAGAGAGGCCAAGCCACAAGAAACCCCAUAUGUUGUAUCCACCAGUACCACAACUACUUCAACUACUACCGUUACUCAAUCCAUUCAAAAUAUCAAGAGUGAUGCCAGCGAGUUUGCAGAUUUUUAUUGUGGCGAAGAUGAUGAAGAUUACUAUGAUUAUGGAGAUGAAGAGUAUGAUGACAAUGAAGACUUUAGUACCACUAUCAAUAAUUAUCUCAAAAAUAUGAAUGAUCAACCAUCAUAUUACCAGCAACCACAACAACAUUAUCAACCAUCACCACCACAACAACAACAACAACAACAACAACCAAAGAGCUAUUUUAACGGUUAUAAUAAUAAUAACAAUAAAAAUUAUAAUAAUAAUUAUAACAAUAACAGAUACAAUAAUAAUAAUAAUAAUAGUAACAAUAGAUAUAACAACAAUAAUAGAUAUAAUAACAAUAACAAUUAUAAUAACAAUAAUAAUAGAUCAAAUAAUAGAUAUAAUAGCAAUGAUAAUGAUUUAAUCAGCUUAUCAAAUCAAUUCUCAGAAGGUGUUGGUUUAUAUGAUAAUAGACAACAGAAUCAAUACCAACAACCACAACAACAAAUCAAUAAUCCAUACUCUGUAGCCAAAGUAAAUAAUGAAAGUGGUGACAUGGGUUUAUUAGAAAAGAUUGAAAAGCAACUCGUAUUUUAUCAAGAAAGAAGCGAAAAGAUAGCAGCCGUAGAGAAAAAAAUGGAAAGUGGCCAAAAAAUCAAUGUUUUCGAACAAGCUCUUUUAAAACAAAAAGAAUCUGUACAAUCUGAAUUAGAUAAAUAUACCAAAAUGAAAAACAAUUUAUCAAAAUUAAAUUAAUUUUGUUCCAUAGUUUCAAUAUAAAAUAAUAUCGCGAUAUCUAAAAAGUAUCUAUUAUAUAUUAUAUAAAACAACAAUAUCUUACAAAUUUAACCAAUUCACAACCUCUCAAAAAAAAAAAAUAUAAAAUAAGAAAAUCCACACCAAAAAAAAACAAUAGCAAUUUAUAAACUCAUCCUUUUUGUAUACAUCUAAAAUUUAAACCUGUGUUAUAUAUAAUAAAAAAUUAUAAAAUCUUUUUUCUUUUUUCUUUUUUUUUGC